AUAGCUGGAAAUGUUUUAAGAACACCAUUAAAACACAUUGCCUGUUAUUUUGGCGCGCGUUUGAUAAUAUUAUCGUGCAGAAGACAAAAGAGUCUAUUUGCUUAAUUCUGAUUUAGCCACGAUAGCAUGUUUUUCAAGUUUUAAAAUAGACGAGGAAGCCUGUCUUGUGAUAGAGACAGGGUGUUAAUUGUUGAAAUCUGGAAAUGCGCUGAAGGCGUCCAAAUAUGUGUGUCUGGGAUCGGUAUUUCCUGCAAAAUUCAAUGGUAGGCUUUAUUGUACCGAUAUAUUGAUUGUAUGCGAUAAUCAAUCAAGCAAGAAUGUAACUCAGGCGGAUUUAAAGAGAAUUGAGCAAUCUAUUGUUUUUGUGUAUCCAGUGGGAAGAUCAGGCACGAACCACAUAUUAACAUCGUUUUUUAUGAUUAGAAAACAUCUGGAGGGUUGUUAAGACACUCAUUCUGCACCCGGACAGAGUGAAGUCAACAUGUUUGUCCAGACUGUCCAAGCCGUCCAAAUGUUCACAGCUUACAGCAUGCUACUGCUGUUUUUUUCAAUUGGCUCUUUGCUGAAAUCGGUGCCUGCUUUUCGGAAAUUUAUCAUCGGAGCUUUUGAUGCCGUUACCAAAGUAAAGUUGCCGGUGACCUCGUAUUGGGACUCUUUAUUCACUGAUCAAAUGCUCCAGAACGUAUGGCAUAGCGUGGCUUUAGACCUGAACAAGAAGAUAAAGCAAGAUUCCGAAGCGCCAAACAGCCCAGUGGUGUCACUGACUGGCAAACACUGUUUUCCUUUGUUACAGAUGUCCCAAUCUGGACGGCCUCUUGUUUUAAACUUUGGCAGCUGUACCUGCCCAAUAUUCAUGAGCCAGUUAGAUGAAUUUCUGAAAAUGGCCAAUCACUUCAGCCACGUCGCUGAGUUUUGCGUUGUUUACAUCGAAGAAGCACACCCAUCAGACGGAUGGGCGUUAAAAGACAACUACGAAAUCAGAACGCACAGAACACAAGCCGAAAGAUGUCGCGCCGCGUGUGAGGUGGCCCGAAAAAUUCCCGGAUGUCCGGUGGUGGUGGAUACAAUGCUUGACGCAGCAAACUUCGCUUACGGUGCUCUUCCCAUCCGCUUUCACAUCGUCCAGAACGGAAGGGUUGUUUACGAAGGUGGGCCAGGACCUAUGGGUUACGACAUGAAAGGAGUGAAGGAGUGGCUGGAAAGGUAUCACACUGGGAAAUCAUUAUGAGGUCGAGAAAGUCGAUCUUAGAGACCUGUGAACUACACCAACCAUGAACCCAAAGAAGUUGUGGCGGAUAUGGACCGAGACUUCGAUGAAAAAUAAUUAUUAACAGUCUUUGAUGACGCAACUUCAAGAACACAAUAUCGUGCCGUUUUGGACAACCGAGAUUUCAUAAAUGAACUUUGUUUUCUUAAAUCAAUGCCUCAUUAGACACUCUCAAGUGCGUGAAAAAUUUAAAAUGUUGCUUCAGUAACACCAUAUAUUCAAAGACUACUACAAAUCGGUGAACUAAACCGACAGACUCAUUUACGACGAAGUUUUUAAACUUGGUUUGAUCGAUUUCUAAUAAAAUAUUACUAUAAGUAGAUUAAGCCACCAUCCUUGCGCCUUUCGUGUGCUGUAAAAAGUAUUAGCUUACCCGCAUUAGUAAAAAAAACAUUGCAAUUGUAAGCAAGAAGCAGCGUGAAGAGAUUUAUUUAUAAACUUAUAUAUUUUAUAUCAUAUAGCAAUUUCCGAAUAAAGUAUAUACUGAGAAAUAUCUAUCUUGUUGAUUAUUACUUUUUGACCGAACAUACUCGUAAUCAAAAACAGUUAACUAAAGUUUGUCCCUUAUCGGUAGUUGUAAUUCAACUGAGCUUGUCAGAGCUACUUUAUACAUAAUGACGGCAUUGGAAUUGGUCUCACCAGCACAAGUGUUAGAAGCACUCCCCCGGGUUCCCUGUAACGACCAGUAAACAGCACCUCAUUAGCCAAGUCUAUGAACAAAGCCAACUCGCGACAACGCAAGCGCGCAUUUACAAUCACUUCGAUAUCAAGGAGUGAUAAGAUGGAACAUUCUGAAUACCGAUGACCCUUUGUUGACCUCACCCAGGUUUAUGUCAAGACACAUUAAAAUUUCUCCUCCAUCAAAAAACACCUCAGCAGCCGAGUGGAAUAUCAUGUGGAUAGUAUUUAAUAAUACCACGUGGCACAAUAAUAGUGUUACGUUCAAACGAUAGGUACUCCAAGUACCAAGUACCUCUUAGUGUCCGAGUACAAGGUCAAGACCUUGUGCCCGGCUCGAGCACUGUGGCCGAAUUCUGGUGUGAAUACUUCGAUUAAGAUGUGUGUUCACAUUAGUUUCCUGCUAGAAUCGUCCUCGGACACCGAGCUCGGGUACAAAGUGUGGACAUGACCUUGACCAUUGAACAAAAUGAACUAACAUAAAGUUUUACAUUGCCUUAUCAUGCAGAUGUACAGUUUAUUGUCUGCGUGACUUAUCGUCAAAAUCAUCUGUAUUAGCGUAUCAACAAAAAAAUGUUACACCAAAUGUGUGGGAAAACGAAGGAAAGUGCGCGGGAGUCACGAGUCCGUACAGGAGGCGCGAGAAAAAGGGAAGGGGGCGGAUCCCUAGAGUGACAGGGAAAACGUUGGCGGAUUUUUUUUUUUUUGCAAGAUUUUUGCGGAUUUUCUUGAAAGACAAUGGACGGAAACCAC